UCAUCCUUGUCUAAAACUCAAGAAUUCACUAUAGAAUCUUAAAUUCUUCUCCUUAUUUUUGCAGUAUAUACUGAUGAGGAAUAUUUUGAGAGCGAGAUCAACUUCUUUCUAUUGUCAAAAUCUGUAUUUGGCUCAACUUAAUGUUUCAAGAGAUUUUUUUGCCCCCCUUUUUCUCUUGUAAAAGCCAAAUUUCCCUUUUCUUUUGCUCUUUUUCUUCUUCAGCUGGUUUAGCUACUGAAAAGCUGCUGUGAUUCUUCAUAGUUUGGUAGCUCUUUGAAGAAUCUGCAACAGGUGGGAAUAGUGAAAGGUGAUUCUGAUUAUCAGAGUUGUUAUGUGAUCUACCUUUUUUCUGUAAAUUUCUUGGGACGAAAGGGAUCAUUUCUGUUUAUUCUAUAUAUUCUUUUUCUUGGGAUAUUGUUCAACGGAUAUUAAACUCCCAAUGGAGAAUCUUCUUAGGCCGUACGAUAAGGAGUAUAUCAGGACAGCAAUGUUAAAACAUGAAGAAACAUUCAAACACCAGCUGUACGAGCUGCAUCGUCUAUAUCGAAUCCAGGAGACACUGAUGAGAAGCACUGAAAGAAGUAGACCUAAUGGAAGCUUCAGCAUGAAGAAUAAUUAUCACCACGGGAAUAUCAGUAUGCAUCACAAUUCAAGAACGGGACUUGACUUGGAACAUCCGGCGGCUGAAGCUGAUCAUCAGGGAUACAAUGUUGCAGAAUCCGACAUAGAAGAGAGCGAGAUCGAGCUGACUUUAGGUCCCACAGAGUACUCGCCGAGGAAGAAACAUGGGACUCCGCGAACUUCGGAUUCUGGUCCAAGCUUCUCUUCUUCUUCAACUGAAUCCAGUCAUAUGAAGAAGACGAGCACAACAAGAGAAGAUUUUAGUGGCAAUGAUGAUCGGAUGGGACUUUUCCAGGUCACUGGAAGGACACUAAGGUAUCAAAAUGGAAGUAAAAACAACAAUCAGCUUGGAGAACAUUUAAGACAAGAUAGAUUAAAAUCACCUCCUUGGCUUUUUCAAGUCCUAAGUAUGAAUGCGACUUGAAAAAAAGAAGGAAAAUGAAACUAUUUUCCAAGUCGAUAUGAUAAGAUUUUAGACUGUUUCUUAUUGACUAAUUCCUGUGAUUGAUGUUUCUUCCUCGGCGUUUCUGCUUAGUUUUUCUUUAGCAAUUGGAGUAUUUUGUAAAGAUCACUGGUGUCCUCCCUUGAGAAAACCAUGUAAUUUGUUGAGCUCAGCU